CUCGAAAUCAACCAUGGCGGAAGUCGCACUUCCACUCGUGACGCUGGAUGCAUGGCACGCUGCAGGCAUUCAUCUGCUCGACUUGCGGGAACGUUCAGAGCAGUCGUACGAAUUCGCGUCCAACCUAGUGGUGAACAUUCCAUGGUCCGAGCAAAAGUUACGGUCGCAUGAAUACCCUUCUCGAACCACAAGGUUCGCGCUGCUGUGUUCGCCAACCAUCGCCAACGACCAAGUCGACUGGUUUACCAACGCAGCCCUCCAUCCAACCAAACAACCAUGGCAAGUCGAAUUCUACAUUCUGGACUGUGCCGGUACCUUCGCCACUGCGCAAGCCUUGGCCAUCGUCGCAACUCCUCACACUCCUCGUCCGUAUCCGCAUGCGAGACUAUGGACCCCGAACAGUCUGAUGUUGCAACUCUUGCCAAUAUUGGGGCAUGUUGCGGCGUCGACAUCGCCUUCCUCCUCCGUCGUGAUGGACCUUGGCUGUGGAUCGGGGCGAGACAUCAUGUUCCUCGCGGAAGAGAUGCGCGCUCAGGGCGUCACGUCAUGGCGGUUCUAUGGCGUUGACCACAAUAAGGCCGGGAUGGCCAACACGAUCGCGUUUGCCGGUCGACGGGGUGUGCACGCCGCGUACUCGUUUGUCCAAAUGGAUCUCCGCAAACUGGACGCCGUCAGGAGUAUGCUGCGGAAGCACCAGAACGACAUCAAGUGCGUGUUCGGGUGCCGCUUCCUUCAUCGCGACCUCCUCGCUGUCGCCCGCGAUGAGUUGCCCGUCGGUGGGGUCUUUGCGUGGUCACACUUCGCCAUGCCAGCCGACGGUCGGCCAUGGACGUGGCCACAUCCGUCCAAACCCCGAGACAUCCUCGGUCGUGACGAACUGGUCACGCUAUUUGCUGACGAGUUUGAAGUGUUGGUCAACGUGUUCGAGUCGGAUUCCGACCACGGCCGACCGCUCAACCAGUUCAUUGCCGUCCGACGAGCCAAACGACAUCACACAAGUGACAAAGCAAGCAGUUGAACUGACGCAAUAGAAUGGAUGUGUGUGUAUAAGUUAAGAGGCGAGCUAAGUCACGUGGACGCGGAUGCGCACCAUUUCCUUGAACAAGGCAGCGUCGUCAUCGUCGUCUUCGUCGCUCCAUGGAGACAGCACGCCACUCGGUCGAGCCAGGGCGUUGGAAAAUGGCGUGGACGAAGAUACAAAGUGCGCAGAAGGCAGCGGGGUACGGG